GUUGUUGCCAUGGUGACGGUACACCGCUCACGGGGAGAGUGCGGGCCCCCGAGCCGCCAUGAUCCCCCCGGCGGACUCGCUGCUCCGCUACGAGACCCCGGUGCUGGUGAGCCGCAACCCGGAGAAGCGCUCCCCGAAGGCGCGUUCUUUGAAAGUGAGUCCUCAGCAGCCUGUGUCAACAGGACCUGUGCCACCUCCUCCAAAACCCAAGACAACUCCUACAUCUGUAGAUCCAACAAAACAAGCAGAAGAAAUCUUAAACGCAAUCCUGCCACCAAGAGAAUGGGUGGAAGACAAUCAGCUAUGGAUUCAGCAGGUGUCCACCACUCCCAGUACCCGAAUGGAUGUAGUUCAUCUGCAGGAAGAGCUGGAUCUCAAACUACAGCAAAGACAGGCUCGAGAAACUGGGAUUUGUCCUGUCCGCAGGGAACUCUACUCACAAUGCUUUGAUGAACUUAUCCGUGAGGUUACGAUUAACUGUGCAGAGCGGGGACUGUUGCUGCUUCGAGUCAGAGAUGAAAUCCGAAUGACCAUCGCUGCCUAUCAGACACUGUAUGAGAGCAGUGUUGCCUUUGGUAUGAGGAAGGCAUUACAGGCUGAGCAGGGCAAAUCUGACAUGGAAAAGAGAAUUGCAGAAUUAGAAGAUGAAAAGCGAGAGUUGGAAAGACAAGUGAAUGAGCAGAAAGCUAAAUGCGAAGCUAUUGAAAAACGUGAAAGUGAAAGGCGGCAGGUAGAGGAGAAGAAACAUGGUGAAGAGGUGCAGUUCUUGAAACGAACUAAUCAGCAGUUGAAGGCCCAACUUGAAGGCAUCAUUGCACCAAAGAAGUAGAUUUCCUUGUGGGGCCCUGCAGGAAGAACUCAUGAAAUCUUUCUCUCAGCAAGGCCGUUGUGGUUAGUGACCCAGGUCUGUCUCCUUCAUAAAGUGAUCCUGAUUUCCACACUUAAAGUAACUAGAAACAUUGCAGUUGUAUUCCUUCUCCCCUUCCCUAGUCUAAUAGAUUAAAAUGUUUUGCUAAUUACUGUGACCUCAUUUUCAGUGACUUUUCAGCAUCCAGCUCUUUGUAUGCUGAACAUGUCUGGGAUUUGCCUCUGUGAUUCUCUAACCUAUCACUGUUAAGGUCAUACUAUUUUUAAUAAACUUUUUUUACAUUA